GAAGAGGAGAUGGCUUCUUCAAUCCUGGCGGCGGCAGCAGAGAAGGUCGGCCCUGCCGUACGGCGACAAGCCCUUACCCUAACGGACGCCGCAGCUACUAGAAUACGCCAACUGCUACGCCAGCGCCAGCGCCCAUUCCUCAAGCUUGGUGUCAAGGCUCGUGGUUGCAACGGCUUAUCCUAUACUCUCAAUUACGCAGACAAGGAAGGGAAGUUCGAUGAAUUGGUUGAGGACAAAGAAGUAAAGAUAUUGAUUGAUCCAAAGGCACUCAUGCAUGUCAUUGGGACCAAAAUGGAUUUUGUAGAUGACAAUCUCAAGUCUGAGUUCAUAUUCAUCAAUCCAAACUCCAAAGGGCAAUGUGGGUGUGGAGAAUCCUUUAUGACUACAAGCAAGGCUGAAUCUGCUAAGCAGAGUGGUGUUUAAUGGCGAUGAGAUUUAUGAAGCUGCGAUUCUACUUUCAAAGUUCUGUUCGCUGACUCGCUGAUCAAAACACCAUCGGUUCAUCUAACAAAACUCUGUUGAGGGACGAAGAUCACAAUUGGAGGCAUCAUAAUUAUUGGUUUUAGUGCAGCUACUAAAGCAGAGUACCACAUUGAUUUUUGUAUUCUUCUGAUAUGUCACA